AUGAAAUUGAUCAACUUGGACACCGAGGAAGAUAAGAAGGAAGUGCGGCUUGGGGCAUUACUCGACUCUGAUGUGAAGCGCAAGUUGACAGCACUACUAAGAGAGUAUGUUGAUGUGUUUGCUUGGUCCUACCAAGACAUGAUAGGGUUGAAAACCGAUAUCGUUGAACACAAGUUACCACUCCGACCCGAAUGCCCACCUGUGAAACAAAAGAGAAUGAAAGACAAUGAUGAGCCACCUAUUGAAAAAGGUCCUGAGCCUGGAUCCAUUUGGGGUUUAUUGUUUGAUGGCACUGUCAACGCGUAUGGACAUGGCAUAAGAGCUGUAAUUAUUACUCCUCGAGGUUCACAUAUACCUUUUGCAACAAGGGUAGAUUUUGAUUGCACCAACAACAUCGUAGAAUAUGAGGUAUGCAUCCUUGGUUUGGAAGAGGCUAUUGAUAUGCGUAUCAAAUUUCUUGAAGUGUUCGGUAACUCAGCUCUUAUCAUCAAUCAAAUUAAAGGAGAGCGGGAAACUCGUCAUCCGGGUUUGAUCCCAUAUAGAGAUUAUGCCAGAAGAUUGUCUACUUUCUUUACUAAAGUAGAAUUCCAUCAUAUCCCUCGAGAUGAGAACCAGAUAGCAAAUGUUCUUGCUACAUUGUCCUCUAUGUAUCAGAUGAAUUUGCAUAGAGAAGCUCCUUCCAUCACUAUCCAGACAUGUAAUAAACCUGCAUACAUCUUCAAUGUCGAAGCUGUGUCAGAUGAUAAACUGUGGUUCUAUGAUAUCAAGUGUUUUCUUAAGAAGAAAGAGUACCCGCUUGGGGCAUCUAACAAAGAUAAGAAGACCUUGAGGCGGUUGUCAGCUAAUUUCUUCUUGAAUGGAGAUGUUCUCUACAAAAGAAACUUUGACAUGAUAUAUGCAGACAUCAUACACGUACCUCCUACACCUUUGAAUGUGAUCACUUGA